AAGAGAGAGAGGUAUUGGGUUCUGAGGGGUCUCCCUCUCCCCUCCCGUCUUUCCACUCGGCGAAAGAUUAAAGCGCAAAGAAUCAAAUAACGCCCUCCCCGGAGUCCACAAACGCCUGACCUGUGGUUCGUAUUCCCCUCCUUCCCACCUCUGUUGUCGCUAAACCAACCAGGAGAAGCCAUCAAACGAACGAAGAAGAAUGCGACGACGAGAGAAAGAUCCCUCAGAGACACGGCAAGUAAUCGCAACCCCCCACCCCUCCCCGGUUCUUCUAAAAUAAAAGUCGAAAAGAGUGGAAGAUAGAGAAGAGAGAGCCAGGGGGAGAUGGCAGAGAGCAGAGACCCGGCGAUCAAGCUCUUCGGCAAGACGAUUCCUUUCCCGGCCAGCGACGACGACAGACAAAAAGAGGAGGAGGAUAAGGGUAGUUCAGAUAAAGCAGCUAUCCAUGAAACCAAGGACAAAGUUCAUGGCUCUCGAGAUUUAGAAACAAAAAGCAGGCCAUCAAUAUCCUCCUCAGCAAACGAGACCUUGAGAACCUCUGCUGAUCAAGAGGGUGCACCUAUGAAGAAUUUAGAGCCUGAAGAACAAAAGAAUAAAACAGGUGGCUCUCAAGAGAAAAUGAUAAAGAAGCCUGAUAAGAUACUUCCUUGUCCUCGGUGCGGCAGCUUAGAUACCAAGUUCUGUUACUACAACAACUACAAUGCCAACCAGCCACGCCAUUUCUGCAAGCACUGUCAGAGAUACUGGACUGCCGGGGGCACAAUUAGGAAUGUGCCUGUUGGAGCUGGUCGCCGCAAGAAUAAGAACUCAGCAUCCCAAUUUUGUCACAAUUCUGUCUCCAAUGCCACCUUCCAGACAGUCAGACCUGAAGUUCCCGACCCACUUCAUCAUCCUCCAAUAGAACCGAAUGGUACUGUUCUUAGUUUCGGCUCCGAUGCCCCUCUCCGUGAAUCUAUGGCCUCUGUGUUCAAUCUUGCCAAGAAGACAAUGAAGAAUUGCAAUCGAAAUGGAUUCCAUCGACCAGAAGAGCAGGUGACUCCAUUACCUGCUGUAGAAAAUGGCGAUGAUCAGUCAAGUGGAUCUUCAGUGACAGCUUCGAAUUCUACUGGUGAUGGAAUUGGUGCUAAUCAGAAAGAGACAGUCAUUCAAAACUGUCAAGGAUUUCCAGCUCCAAUCCCAUACAUUAAUGGAUCAUCACCUUGGCGGUAUCCCUGGAGCCCAUUUCCUGCUUUCUGCCCCUCAAACUAUCCUCUCUCAUUUUACCCUGCACCGGCUUAUUGGGGUUGCGCAAUCCCUGGCACUUGGGGCUUCCCAUGGAUCUCGCCUCCAGCUUCUUCAAGCAAUGGUUCCUCAGGAGCUAAAUCCAGUUCUCCAACAUUAGGCAAGCGUCCAAGGGAAGGAGAAGUGCUCGAUCAUACCAAUUCAGAGAAAGGAGAUAGUCCUAAGCAGAGCAACCAGGAGAGGUGUCUCUGGAUGCCUAAAACAUUGAGGAUCCAUGGCCCCGAAGAAGCUGCAAAGAACUCUAUAUGGGCAGCCAUGAGUUUCAGAUACGACAGUGCUGAUGGAAUUAGUGGUGGAGGGCUAUUCAAAGCCUUCCAGAAAAAGGAAGGGUCAAAGAAUCACACUGCAGAAACCUCCCAACUCUUGUAUGCCAAUCCUGCAGCUUUGUCACGAUCCCUCGACUUCCAAGAGAGCUCGUAGUGGAGCUGAAGGCCGUUGUAAGAUCUUUCUUACAUAUAGCAAGUGAAGUUUAACUGAUUAGGUAAGUUGACAAUCCUGAGAUUUUCCGACAUCGUAGUGCGGUCACUCCAUGAACUUGAGGAAGACAGUGAGAGUAUCUCUGGUUUUCCCAUCAGAAGCCAUCUAGGUGGUAGCUCAAGUGACUUUCAGUCCUUCCUCGAUGUAACAGUAGAAUUCCCCUUUAAUUUCACAUAGCUUAUGUCUUGGCUGAAUUUACCUACAUGUAUGUAUAUCAAAUGAUUGAGAAGAAAAGAGUGAUGCAAGGAAGAAAUGGAUACUUGCCGUUGUACUGUAAAUAAUUUCACGAACUUACGGUCGUGCCUUUUUUUUCCCUGCUUUACAUCUAA